AUGUGUUUACAUAUAAUUAUUCUUAGAAAAUAUUGGUUACAAAUAAUCAUGCCUUCAUUAAGAACAUUUGUUUUUAUUGGUUUUGCAUUUCUUAUGGCAUCUAUGAUUGUCUUGUCAAUCAUUCCACUUUAUAUAGAAAAUAAAUCAGUACCAAAAACACGUUUUAUUCUAACUACUGUUAGAAUGAAUAAUUAUGUUUUACAGAUGAGUCGAUCAUUAGUAAAACGAGAUUUAGUUCGAUUUAAAUUGUUAUCAAAUAUAAAAGAAAUAUUAACAUUCGAUGAAGCUCAGUCAAUGAUGAAUUCGUCAAUUCAGUAUGCACUUGAGCAACAAUUAAAAGUUGGUAAUAACCGAGAUAAAUUUAAUAUUUAUAUAUUGCAAAUGAUAUCGUAUACUGAUGAUCCAAGUAAUAUGAGUGUUACAUUAGAUUUUUUGAUUGUAUAUACACGAGAAUGUAAACCAUGUAGUACACAUCGUCGAUCAAUUAUUUUUAAACAGUUAUGUUCAAAUAAUCAACUAUUAACACCAAUACAUUUUCUUAUACAAUCAACAAAUCUUUCUUAUACCCUUUCUGAUUCAGUAAUUGUUUAUACUCCAUAUAUUCCAAUUGAAAAUAUAGAAAUAAUUACACGUACAAAAAAUAUUUGUUUUUGUUUCAAUGAUUUAUUUCUAUUUAUUUUAAUAGGUAUUGUUUCUUCAUUACAAUUGGAUAAUCCAACAAAUGUAAUAGAAACAACUGAGCCAACACAAUCUAGUAAUCAAUUUCUUGCAAAUAAUUAUACAUUAACAGUUACAACAGCAAAAAGUAAUUAUUUUGCUACACUUGAUGAAGCAAAUACACAAAUUUCAGCAAGUCAAAACGAUGGACCAGUGCCACUUGCAGGUGCUGUUGUAAUGUAUCCUGAAUUAGUACGAAUAGUAAGAUAA